CUUGCCUUAGGCUUCAGCUCUGCAAUGCACGUUCCUCUGUCUUACGGACCCGGACAACAUCGAGCGCCAAAAUUCAGUGCUAUCAAUACCGAGAGGAACACCAUAUGGUACUCCCACCCAGGCACAGGAUGCCGUUGAUAGGCCAUAUCUCACUGACGGGCGACGCCAAAUGAUACUCCCGACGCCCAUCAACCAGCUCAUAUAUAAGGCCGUGGAGGGGAAAAUGGGGGCGUGCAGCAUUCUGUGCCUGCUCGUCGAGGAUGUUCGUCUGGUCCCUCCUGACUAUCCUUCCCUUGCUUGUUGCUGCCGCGCCCGCCUCGACCAAGGAGGAGGCCAUAUGGGACAGGCUAGGCAACUUGUCCCCUUACCACCCGGCACCCGUGCCCUCAGGGAUGAAUGUGGAGUUGCCUGGGGACUGUAAGGUCGAGCAGAUCAUGUAUCUGGGCAGACAUGGCUCUAGAUACCCCUUGGCAUCUGAGUUGGUUUACAUUCAGAACUUGACGUACAAGUUGGGCAACGCGUCCGCUGCUGUUGCGAGGGCGAAGCUGCCUAAGAGUAUGCAGUUCCUGAAGGAGGGGUACAGGACUACGCUGGGCCAUGACGAUUUGACGGCACCCGGCAGGCUUGAGCUUUUCAAGCAUGGCGUCAAUUUCCGCUUGAAAUACCCUCAGUUCAAUGCCACGAGCAUUCUUGCGGGUGGUCAGGAUCGGGUCAUCGAAUCUGCUCAGUGGUUUGCGAAUGGCUACUACGGUCGCACCUGGCCCAAUAUCUCAUCCACUGUGUUCUCUGAGAUAGCCGAAAACAAUGUCACGGUAUCGUGGAUCACGCCUAUGGAUACUUGCCCGAAGUGGGACUAUAAUUAUGGUAAUAAUGCGACUAUUAAAUGGGGCAGCAUAUACUUGCCCCCGAUUACAAAACGGUUAAACAGCCUGCUCCCGGGCGUUAACCUAACGGACAACGACACCCACGGCGCUCUUUACGCAUGCGCGUACGACCUGGCGGCUUACGACGUGUCGCCCUGGUGCGACGUAUUCACGACGUCGGAAAUUCAGAAUUUUGAAUACGAGUUGGACUUGCUCAUGGACGGCGCGUUCGGGUAUAAUCUGCCGGGUGAUAUGGGACCCCUGCUUGGGUCGCUCUAUGUCCACACGCUGAUUGAUCGUUUCUCGAACUCAAGUGCCGAACCUGUAUAUCUCGAGUUCGGGCAUGAUACAACCAUUGAUAUGGCUCUCACCGCUCUAGGUCUUGCAAAGGAUACGCCUCCCCUGUCCGCAACUGGCCCCGUGAACCCGAACCGCAAGUUCCGUACUUCGACCCAGGUCCCCUUCGCGGCUCAAAUGCUCUGGGAGAAAAUUGCCUGUUCCUCCACAUUCCAUGGUCCCCAGAUCAGGCUAGUUCUGAACGACGCGCCAUUCCCGCUGUCCACUUGCGCCCAGUCUAAGACGGACAAGACGUAUGGUACCUGCUCGUUCGACGCUUUCGUGGCGGCGAAUAACUUCAGCACCUCUGUAACAUGGGGUGACUCAGCAUGGAACUCGACGUGCGGGAACCCUGGGUUCUAG